AUGAAGACCGCUUCCCUUUUCUCAGCCCUCGCGGCCGCCAGCGGCGUCGCCGCUCUCCUCGAGCCAGGCAUGCCCAAGCACCUCGUCCAAAACCCAGACGAUGCUGCCGACGCCGUUGCUAGGAUUCCAACCUCGUACGAGUCUGCCGUAAUGGGUCGCCGCAUCCUUGCCCUCACGAAGCUCGCCGAGCUCGCUACCGUUUUCCCGGCCGGCGCCCACUCCGCCUCCGGUGGGGACCUCUCCGGCAUGCCCAUCGGCCUGAUGGACUACGUCGCCGACUGCGAGGAUAAGGGCAACCCCACCAUCCUGGCCAUCACCAUCGCGACCUCGUUUAAGAACGUCGCCGCCGGCUCCAACAUUUCCCUCUCCAUGCACUGGGUACCCCCCUUCCCGCCCGUGAAGCGCAUCUCUCUGCUCUCGUCCCUCAAGAACAGAAUCUUCGGCAGCAGCACCGAGGAACAAAACGUCAUGGCCUCGCCUGACACCGUCCCCUACUCCGCCGCCAACCUCCCCCGCUUCUCCCUCAUGGGCUACCUCGAGAAGAUCCCCGCUGACCCUGUCAACUCUCUUCGCCUUGCCAACUGCUUCGUCAAGAAGCACCCUGACUCCAAGUACUGGCUUCCCGGUAGCCCCGUCCACGAGUCUGAGUGGGUCCGCUUCGUCGUCACCUCCGUCUACUGGAUCGGCGGCUUCGGCGACCGCGCAUACAUCGGUUGGAUCCCCCUCGACGAGUGGCAGAAGGUCACCCGCGAGGAGUACGAGGCCAUCAAGCUUCCCGGCGAGGAGCGCGGAUGGAAGGAGUGGAGCGUCAACAGCUGGUUCGACAGCAAUGAUCUUUGA